GUGCUGGUGUGAUGAUGGCCGUGCCUGUGCGUGUGCGCUGUGCACCGUGUUUGGGGCUGCACCGAUGAGGACAAGGAAGGACACGGCCCGUGCCCACCACUCUUCCCCCUUCAUCUCCUCUUUCUGCUCCAUCAGCGGUGACGAUGGUGGCCGUGGCGUGUGACUGCGCUUCCUUUUUGUUUGGCUUCGCUGUGGCCCAUCGGCUGGCUGGCUGCAUCAAGCACAGCAGGCAACACACGGCGGUGGACGCUGGAUUGGAUUGGCUGGGGUUGACUGGCCGUCGUGUCGUGUCGCCCAUUUCUCUCUCUCCCCUUGCACAUCUUAACUGGGAACACACACACAGCGAUGUGUGCGUGUGCGCGUGCGUGUGUGCGCAGCGCCAUCAACCACGCCGACAGCGACAUGAUGAACGAGAUGUGCGUGCGCGUGUGCGCAUAUGCCAAGCAGAUGCGUUGAUCGACGACGAGGAACCCAUCCACAUCCAACACCCAUGCCCACACAUCCACACAUGACACGCCAUGGCGAGCUGUGCCACCUCAACCAACCCAACCCAACCCAGGCCAAGGAAAGGAUGGAGGGAAAGCAAGGACAGAAGACGUGGGGCUCCCAACAGAUGUGUGUGCGUGCGUGCGUGUGUGUUGAUGGACGGUGUUCUCCUUCCCCCGCCCCUCCGUCGCCUCACCUCUUUCUUCCAUGGCGAUCUGGCUGGGUGGCUGUUGCCCCCUUCCCCUUGUUUGUUGUCUGUUCCAGCCCUUUGUGGCUGUUGGUUGUCUGUUGUGACUGUGAGAAGGAGGGAGGAGGAAGUCCACAAUUGUGUGUGUGUGUGUGUGUGUGUGUGUGUGUGUGUGUUUGGUUCUUCUUCUUUUCCAUCCCCCCUUUCUUCUCCCCUUCUCUUCUUCCCUCCUCAGCCUGCAAGGCCUGUGAGCCUGCGUUGCAUUCACACACUCUACAGUGUUAUUCCCCCUCCUUCCCCUCCUCCUCCUUCUCCUUCUUGUCUCAUUGAAACCAACCAAGCAACCAAG